CGGGAGCCGCCCGGGGCCGCCCAGCUCCUUCCUGUCCGGCGAGGAUCACGCUCCGACUCGGGCCGAGCUCGUCGCGGCGGCGGUUGGGACCUGAGCUCGCAGAGGCACGCAGAUGGGUCAGGGACUCUGGAGAGUUGCUAGAAACCAGCAACUACAGCACCAAGGCUAUGGUGGACAAGGCUAUCUUACCAGAGAACAUGGUAGAAGGAUAGCUACUAACAGUGUUUCCAAUGCAAGCCACCGCAAACCCCAAGGAGGCAUUGACAUCUACCACCUGUUGAAGACAAGAAAAUCUAAAGAACAAGAAGGAUUCAUUAACUUGGAAAUGCUGCCACCAGAGCUUAGUUUUACCAUUUUGUCAUACCUAAAUGCAACUGAUCUCUGUCUAGCUUCAUGUGUCUGGCAGGAUCUUGCUAACGAUGAGCUUCUCUGGCAAGGCAUAUGUUGUGCCAAAUCCACUUGGGGUCACUGUUCUAUAUACAAUAAGAAUCCACCUCUAGGAUUCUUUAGAAAACUGUAUAUGCAGCUAGAUGAGGGCAGUCUCACCUUUAAUGCCAACCCUGAUGAGGGAGUCAACUACUUUAUGUCCAAGGGCAUACUAGAUGAUUCGCCGAAAGAAAUAGCUAAGUUUAUCUUUUGCACACGAACUCUAAAUUGGAAGAAGCUGAGAAUUUACCUUGAUGAAAGGAGAGAUGUUUUGGAUGACCUUGUGACACUGCACAACUUCAGAAAUCAGUUCUUGCCAAAUGCACUGAGAGAGUUCUUCAGACACAUUCACGCUCCUGAGGAGCGUGGGGAGUACCUUGAAACUCUCAUAACAAAGUUUUCUCACAGAUUCUGUGCUUGUAAUCCUGAUUUGAUGAGGGAGCUUGGCCUUAGCCCUGAUGCAGUUUAUGUACUGUGUUACUCUUUGAUUCUACUUUCCAUUGAUCUAACAAGCCCUCACGUGAAGAACAAAAUGUCAAAGAGGGAAUUCAUCCGAAAUACACGACGAGCUGCACAGAAUAUUAGUGAAGAUUUUGUAGGGCACCUGUAUGACAAUAUCUACCUUAUUGGCCAUGUGGCUGCCUAGAAGCACAAUUUGCUAGCACUUAAAAUUUGUAAUUUUCAAAAACUACAUCAGUUGAAGAAAUUAAUUAUUUUGUAGAGAUGGGGGUUAUUUUAGUGCUGGUCAUUCUAACCUCUGUAUGCAAUCAAAGUUUGUGUGUGUAAGUGCGUGUAUGUGUAAACUACCUUUUCUAUCUAUUUACUGUGGGAACAGAAGGAUUUGGAGAUUUGUUUUUCAUAAUUUUUUUAGUUUUGCACAAAACAAUGCCAUUACUCUGACACGGCCAUUUGCGAAUGUUAAACUGACAUUACAGCCUAAGCUGACAAAGUGGUGAAUUUGUGCAUUAGAUCUGCUUGAAACUUUAAUAAGUUCAUUCUUUUUAGUAUACCACGUAAUGGGUAUAUAUUUAACUAAAGAGAUUUAUAAUCAUAAUUAUUUUAUUGUAAAAUAUUUUAACUAAAAUUUCUCCUUUUAUCUCUUAA